AUGAAGUUUAUUUUGUUGACGACCCUGGUGAUUCUUCUCCAGGCCUUGACCACCAUAUCACUGGCUCUCCCGCCAUCCGCUCCUGCGUCAAGAGAUCAGCCUGGCUAUACCCUAGAAAUUGCAAAGCGUCGGGGUGGGGGAGGAGGAGGUCGUGCAGGGGGCAGCAGUAGCGGGGGAGGCAGUGGUGGGCGCACCGGUAGUAGCGGAGGGAGCAGCAGUGGCAGCAGUGGAAGUGGUUCUAGGACUGGUUCCUCUACCAACGUUGGAGGCUCAACUCGCAGCGGUUCAGGCAGACAACCAGCCUACGGGGGCGGCAAAUAUUAUGCUGGCGGCGCGACCGCUCCCUAUACUUCGGGUGCUCGUUCGCGAACGGGCAUAACGCCCUAUCUGUUACCUGCGACUGGUCUCGCGUUCUUCGGGUUCUGGGCAUACAACGUCUACGCCUAUCCAUACCCCCAUCAUUACUAUUAUGUGAAUCAGUCCUCGCACCGCAAUGAGUCCAUGCCCGUGGUCUGUCUAUGCCAACAGUACCUGGAAUGUGGCUGUGAUGACAACUCCAAUUCCACCUACUAUGAGUCGCUGUUCAACGGUAGCCAACCAACGAACACAAGCAUUACGCGGGUUGCCCCCGUGAAUGGCACCGACUCGAUCUAUAUCAAUGGUACCUUACCCAAUGGGACCACCGUCGCCGAUUCCUCUGCCUCAGCUGCCGCAGCUGGACCAACAAGCCAAGUGAGCCUUUCCAUCGGGUACUGGACCAUCAUUGCGUUGGUGGUGGGCCAGGUAUUAUGA